AGCGCGGCCCUUUUAUCCGCCCGGCCCCCUGGGGCUGCGGACGCGGUUUCCGACGGGGCCGUUGUCUCUGAGGACUCCUCCGCGGGAGGAGGAGAGGCCUAAGCGCGGUCGCUUCUUCCUCCCAGGCAAAGCGAAGGGCUAGGAGCCGGGGCGGCCGCUGGCGAAGAUGAAGCUCUCCAAUGCGAUCCUUGGCCAUGGAGGAUAUGACUCUGAUUUUAGUGAUGAUGAAACAGGAGAGAAACCGGACCAGCAGAAAAAUAGGAAUGAAGAUGCAUUACUCCAAAAGCUCCAGAAAGAAAAACAGAGCAAGGUGGCCCACAGACAGGUGGUGACAGAUGAAUGGGACAGGGAAGAAGCAAGAAAUCAAAGAUUUCAUUUCCUAGCAUUGGAUGCUUAUGCAAGACAUAAGAAAAUGGUGAAUGACUAUAUAUUGUACUACGGUGGCAAGAAAGAAGAUUUCAAACGUUCAGGAGAAAAUGAUAAGACUGACCUUGACAUUAUAAGAGAAAACCACAGAUUCUUGUGGAGAUGAGAGGAAGAUGAAGCUGACAUGAACUGGGAGAAGAGGCUUAGCAAGAAAUACUAUGAUAAAUUAUUCAAGGAGUACUGCAUAGCAGAUCUGACUAAAUACAAAGAGAACAAGUUUGGAUUUAGAUGGAGACAUGAGAAAGAGGUUGUGUCCGGAAAAGGUCAGUUUUCCUGUGGAAGUAAGCACUGUGAUGAGAAAGAAGGCUUGAAGAGUUGGGAGGUGAAUUUUGGUUACGUUGAGCAUGGCGAAAAGAAAAACGCACUUGUUAAACUAAGGCUUUGUCCCGAAUGCUCUUACAAAUUAAACUUUCACCACAGGAGGAAGGAAGUCAAACCAAUGAAAAAGAGAGCAAGCACAGAACAAAGCUCCAAAGCUUCAAAGAAAACAAGAUUAUCUUCACCCCACAGACACAAGCCAAAGAAAAGAAAGAGCCAUAAAGAUCAGGCAUUCUUAGAAGAAUCAGACGAUUCUGACAAAGAUUCUGUCAAUAAUGACGAGCAAGAUGGUCCCUCAGAUGCUGAUUUUUGGAAGGGUCCGCCACAAGAAACUGAAGAGAAAACGCGGGAAGAAGAAUUUGAUGAGUAUUUUCAAGACUUAUUUCUCUGAAAUGUAAUGUGGAAAUCUGGAACUUCAUGGAUCAUCAAAAUCUGUAAAUAAACAUCAAGUUUCCAAUUUCA